AUGGUCUGCAAGUGUGAAGACCGCCACAGUGCGUGGGGAAGUGACAUCGAUGAAACGUUCUGUGGUCCUGGCAAGAUUUGUGGAGACGACUGGACCCCUCUCAACUCAUUGACACCAACUCCAGAAUCUCAACGACGUCGUUUCAGGGAACCUAGAACACAAGAUGACGUGGAAGGAAUAAUUACGGAGCAACCGGGAUUUUUCGAGAAUCAUAGCAUUGAUGAUGAGAUUGCCACCAUUGCUACAAAUUUCGAUGUGAUGACUGUCCAUGAAGAAAAUUUUCAAGAAAUUCCACCUAUUCUGGUAGCUCCGGUUAGGCCAAGAUCGAGGAGAAAGAAGAAGAAAAAGUUAAGAAGGAAACCAGUGGUGAAAGGUAGAAGAAGAAGGAAUAUCAAAAGUGGACGGAGCCAACUUUCCAAAACUGCUACUCAAACUCCCAUUUUACAAAGUAGGUUUUUCUGCGUAUCCAAAACGCUCAAUUUUUUUUCAGAGAAUCAUGGAAGACCCCGACGUCAUCUUAUCUACGUUAGGCGAAUCCGUUUUCAUCAAGAUCCUCGCUAUCCGGCGAUCCCACGACCUCAAAAAAAUGUGGAUCUCAAAUUCAGAAGAAGUCAUCCAGAAGACGUGAAGAAUCGAUUCUCAAAAGUCAUACCACCACGACAUCUGAAAGGAUAUCCCAUCUCCGCGAGACCACAUUUUCGGUAUCGGGGAAUUCCGAAAGUCAUUGGUUGA